CCCAAAUAGAUUGAAAACAGAACCAACAACAGAACUCUUCGAUUAAUAGUCAAACCCCGUCGGCUAUUCUAAACCCGGAUCAGCAAUGUCUUAUUAUUACGACAGCCAGCAUGGCCCCGGCUCCAGGGAUCAUCUCAUCGUUCCGGAAACGCUUCUCGGAGCACCACCGACAUCUCAGUCAUCAGGGCUGGUGGUUGGACUCACCGCCGAGCUUCUCUGUUCAAUAUUUGAGCUUCUCGAUCCUCUGGAUAAGGUCUCUCUAGCCUGUUCCUGCAAGCACCUCUUACACAUCUCACACCUCCACACCCAACGACAAACCCGAACGUUUGGUAGCCGUCUGCUCCUAUUGCUGUCGGCAUCGUCCGACGAGGAGGAGCCACUGGGGGCAUAUACGGGGCAAAUUCCCUAAACAUCGGCACUGAAGGACGGUUGACUCUAAUGUCAUAUCUUGGGGACAUCAUUCAUGCAUUCAACGCCCCGGGUGUUUAUUGGAAGAGGAAUUACGCAAAAGGGAGAAGGACAACGCACUUGAUCGGAAAACAGCCUUAGGCAAUUCCAUCUGAAUGUAUCUUACGUACUUGCUCAUCCCUAAUAAAAUCGCCCUUUUUCGUAAUAAGGGAU